CUCGGAUCGUUGGCCCUGAUAAAUCCGGGAGAUAGGCCACCGAGAUCAGUUCUCAUCCAGCCUCAGAUCUUAGCACAUCAACAUCAUGCAGACCGUUCGAUUCGGAUCUCCUUGGAUUAUGGCCAUCGGGCUGGUGCUACUGGUGGCACUCGUCUCCGCCGGAAAGUCGCGUCAGCGUUCGCCAGCCAAUUGCCCCACCAUCAAGCUGAAGCGUCAGUGGGGCGGCAAGCCUUCAUUAGGACUCCACUACCAAGUGCGUCCCAUCCGCUACGUGGUCAUCCAUCACACGGUCACCGGCGAGUGCAGCGGACUGCUCAAGUGCGCCGAGAUUCUCCAGAACAUGCAGGCGUAUCAUCAGAACGAGCUGGAUUACAACGAUAUUAGUUACAACUUUCUGAUCGGCAACGAUGGUGUCGUAUACGAGGGCACUGGUUGGGGAUUGCGCGGUGCCCACACCUAUGGAUACAAUGCCAUUGGCACGGGCAUAGCCUUUAUCGGCAACUUUGUGGAUAAACUCCCAUCGGAUGCGGCUCUCCAAGCGGCCAAAGAUCUGCUGGCCUGCGGAGUGCAGCAGGGGGAGCUGAGCGAGGAUUACGCCCUGAUCGCUGGCUCCCAGGUGAUCAGCACCCAGAGUCCCGGACUGACGCUAUACAACGAGAUUCAGGAGUGGCCGCACUGGCUCUCAAAUCCCUAAAUCAACUACAAGGAAUAGCAGUUGUCUGCCAGCGUGAGCACAUCAGUUUAGUAAAGUAAAUAAUCCAAUGUUGUUGAGUA